UGAUUUUGUAACGAGUUGAAGUUAAACUAAACUCAACAACUACAGAUCAACCAGAUAAACAUAUCCUUCAUAAUUAUCUAUCUCAAAGAAUUUGAAUUACAAUCCAUUGUCCUUCUUCUUCACUAUAUAUACUCCUUAAUUGCUGCGUAGCAUCUUACUUCCAUCUUCCGUUCUAAAAACAAUGGCGCUCAGAACACUGUUUUUAAGCCUUCUGUUACUAUCAAUAUGCAUAUUGUCUACUGCUCUUAACGUUACCUAUGAUAGCACAUCACUCUUAUUCGAUGGUCAGCGAAAACUUGUUAUUUCUGGAGCAAUUCACUAUCCACGUAGUACUCCAGAGAUGUGGCCUGACUUGAUACAAAGAGCAAAAGAUGGAGGCUUGGACACGAUCGAAACAUACAUUUUCUGGAAUCAUCAUGAGCCGGAAUAUCGUCAGUAUGAUUUUUCAGGGAAUUUGAACUUUGUAAAGUUCCUCAAGACUGUUCAAGACAAUGGUCUUAAUGCCAUUCUUAGAAUCGGGCCAUAUGUUUGUGCUGAAUGGACUUAUGGGGGAUUUCCUGUGUGGUUGAAGCAUUUGCCAGGAAUAGUGUUUAGAACCUACAACAAACCUUUCAUGAGUGAGAUGAAGACUUUUACUACUUUGAUUGUUGAUAUGGCUAAGAAAGAAAAACUAUUUGCUUCUCAAGGCGGCCCAAUUAUACUUGCUCAGAUUGAGAAUGAGUAUGGAGAUAUCAUGGGGGCCUUUGGAGAAGACGGACUAAAGUAUCUUGACUGGUGCGCUAAAUUUGCUGUAUCGCUUGAUAUUGGUGUCCCUUGGUUGAUGUGCCAACAGAAUAACCCUGUUGCUCCACCUCCCAUGCUCGUAGCCUGCAAUGGUCCGUACUGCGAUAGUUUUAAGCCCAACAAUUCUUACAGCCCUAAGAUGUGGACAGAAAAUUGGGUUGGCUGGUUUGAGAACUGGGGUCAGAGUGUCCAUCACAGACCUGCAGAAGAUGUUGCCUUUUCUGUUGCUCGCUUUUUUCAGCUGAAUGGCUCAGUGAUGAAUUACUACAUGUAUCACGGAGGUACAAAUUUUGGGCGCUCGGCUGGGGGACCUUUGAUCACCACAUCAUAUCAUUAUGAUGCACCUCUGGAUGAAUAUGGCGGUUUGAAUCAGCCAAAGUGGGGUCACCUGAAGGAUCUUCAUCUCCUACUGAAAUCACUAGAAAAAAUCAUGCUUUAUGGAAAUUCAACAACAAAGACUUUUGACAAAAAUAAAUUGGAAUCUUCGACCAUUUUUGAAUUCAAUGGAACCAAAGCUUGUUUCCUCGGAAAUUCACAUGAUGACAAAGACAUUACACUUGAACUACUAGGCAAGAACUUCACGGUACCAGCUUGGAGUGUAACAAUCCUUAAAGAUUGCAAAACUGAAACCUUUAACACCGCUAAGGUUAGAGCACAAACCUCGGUUAAAGUAAGGGUUCCAAGUAGAACUAAUUUACAGUGGGCUACUAAAAGGGAGUAUCCGAUCCACUACAAGGACCCGUUGUUUGAAAAACAUGCUUUGAUUAAAAGCAACGUGUUUUUAUCUGAUGAAGCUCCUGACCAGAAGAUAGCAAAUGAUACUAGUGACUAUCUGUGGUACAUGACCCAGUUCACAGUCCAUGAUCCCAAAUUCGGAGAACAGAUCCUCUUGCAUGCUAAUGUUAGUGGGCCAAUAAUUCAUGUCUUUCUUAAUGGGAAGCACAUAGAUCGAUGGUCCGGUUCAUAUUCUAGCCAUGGAUUUAUAUAUGAGCAACUUCUCAAUAUUGAACUCGGGAAGCUAUAUCAUUUGUCUAUACUCACCGUCAAUGCUGGAUAUGCGAAUUAUCAUGCUCACUAUGAAAGUUAUGUGAACGGAAUUAGUGGCCCUGUUAAAGUGGUUUCGCAAAAUAGUAUGCACAGCAUGGUCUUGACUAAGUGGGAGCUGAGGUCUGGUCUAGGAGGCAUUCUCAGGAAAAUGCAUCUCGGAAGUGGUAGAUGGGAUCAAAGUGUUAUUUCAGACAGGCCUUUUGUUUGGUUCAAGACUACAUUUGAUUCUCCACGAGGAACAGAUCCUGUUGUAGUUGAUUUAUUAGGAAUGGGGAAAGGACUUGCAUGGGUGAAUGGGUUUAACAUUGGUCGAUUUUGGCCGAGCGCUUUUGCAAAUAAUCAAGGUUGUGAUUCUUGUGAUUACCGGGGUGAUUAUGGUAGGGGUAAAGACAAAAAGUGUCGAUCAGAGUGUGGAGCUUCUACUCAGAGAUGGUAUCAUAUACCAAGAUCCAUUUUGAAGGACACUGGAAACAUGAUGGUUUUAUUUGAUGAAUUUGGAGGCGAUCCUUCAAAUGUGAGCAUUCAAACUGUGCCAACAGGGCAUAUUUGUGCAAAUGCGCCAGCAGAUACCACACUAGUGUUAUCAUGUGAAGACAGGAUGCUUCAAAACGUUCCCCCUGGUAUGUAUGGUGCGGCGGCUACAACGGCUAUAGGCAAAGUCUUUACAGAAGUUUCCUUUGCAAGCUUUGGUAAUGCUAAUGGCACCUGCGGACCCGUUCCCAAACCAUUCCAAAAAGGCUCAUGUGAUUCUCCCAACACUCUUGCUGCCAUAAAGAAGGCAUGCAUAGGCAAGGAAUUGUGUGAGCUUGAUGUGUCGGAGAAGACAUUCGGGACUAGUAACUGCACAAGCGAUGUUGCCAAGAAGCUCACUGUUUCACUCAAAUGCUAGUAAUUAUAUUAGAUUUUUUUAGCCAGCAUUAGCAGUAUAGACCGUCUUUAUAGAGUAGAGGUUUCUGAGUAUUUAUAGAAGUAGAGCAAAGCCACAGAGGUUUAUUCUGUUGUGGCUUUCAAUUAGAAUCGAAUUAUGUACCAGGUACUUGCUUUCUUGUUAGGAUGAUUUUAUCAGAUUUUUAGAUUUUCCAAGGUUGAAUUUGUUGGAAUCUGGAUGUGCCAUGUUUUUCUU